GUCCUACACUCCCUUCCUCGACGACCCCUCAACCUCAGGCGUCAGCAGCCAACACGCAGGCGCAGGCAGCAUGGUGAACGAGGCCAUCAAAGAGCACGGCGGCCACGAGGUGGCCGUCACGGUGGCGCCGGCGCUGCCGGUGCAGGGGUGCCGCCUGGCGCUGUCCAACCUGGACCUCCUCCUGCCGCCGCUCGACGUCAGCCUCUUCUUCUGCUACCCCCACCCGGCGCCCACCGUGGCCGCGCUCAAGGAGGCGCUGGCCAAGACGCUGGUGGCGUACUACCCGCUGGCCGGCGAGGUGGUGCCCAACGCCGACGGCGAGCCGGAGCUGCUGUGCAACGGCCGCGGCGUGGAUUUCACGGUGGCGACCGCGGCCGGCGUCGAGCUGCGGGAGGUCCAGCUGGGCGCCGUGGACGAGGGCGUUGAGAAGCUGGUGCCCGCCAAGAAGGCUGGCGGUGUUGUGGCAGUUAAGGUGACCAAGUUCGGGUGCGGCGGCGCCGUCGUUGGCUGCACCUUCGACCACCGCGUCUGCGACGCCUACUCCUUCAACAUGUUCCUCGUCGCGUGGGCCGCGGCCGCCCGUACUGGAAGCCCCGCAGCGCCGGCCCCGUCCUUCCGCCGCUCCCUCGUCGCCCCGCGCGACCCGCCGCUGCGCGCGCCGUCCACCGACGCCCUGAUCGACCGCCUGUUCUGCCCGCGCAGCGCCGCGCCGCCCCCACCUGCCGUCGCCGCGAGUUCGGUCAACCGGAUCUACCGCGUAUCCGCCGCGGAUAUCGCUGCGCUGAAGGCGUCGGCGGGGCCGGGGCGCACGAAGCUGGAGGCGUUCACGGCGCACCUGUGGCGGCUGUGCUCCAGGGCGGCCUCCCCGCGCCAGAGCCAGUGCUGCAUGGGCGUGGUCGUGGACGGGCGCACCCGCAUGUCCCCCGACGGCGCCAUGAGGGUCUACUUCGGCAACGUGCUCACCAUCCCCUACGGCGUCACCGGCUCGGAGGACCUCCGCCGCAUGAGCCUUGCCGACGUGGCGGGCGACGUGCACCGGUGGGUGGCGGAGGCCGCCACCGGCGAGCACUUCCGGGGUCUCGUGGACUGGGUGGAGGCGCUGCGGCCCAAGCCGGCGGCGGCGAGGGCGUACCUGGGAGGCACCGGCGGGAACGAGGCGAUGGCGUGCAUCGUGUCGUCCGGGAUGAGCUUCCCCGUGGGGAAAGCGGACUUCGGGACGGGGCUACCCGCGUUCGCGUCGUACCACUUCCCGUGGCCCGCCGGCGCCGGGUACGUGAUGCCGAUGCCGAGCGCGCGCGGGGACGGCGACUGGGUGGUGUACGUGCACGUGGCUCCGGAGCUGGCCAAGGUGAUGGAGGAGGAGCCCACCGUGUUCCAAGCCCUGGAGAACAGCUACGUGUUCCAGUGACGUGGGUAAAGGCUGUGUGCUACCUGUGAUGCUAAUGUGUGUCAUGGAUAUCUUCCUGCAUGCUACGUGUUUCAGUAAUCUGUAGACUGUAGUGUGAUGCUAAGUAUGUUUCCAAAAAAUAAUACUAGUACUCUAUAGAUGCUUUCUAAAUUAUGCCCGGAAAUAUAUGUAGAAUAUGUAAUGGUGACAAACAGUGUUACUACUACUAAUGUAAUGGAUUGACUGUGUCAUAAAAUGUGAGGUUUAUGAGAAUCGUUCAUGGUGUUUCAGAUACGGACCACCACCCCCA